AUGGACGCUAUUCUCUUUUGGAAUUCUGUGACACUGCAAGCUUGUGCCAAUGAUUAUGAUACAUCUAUUGCUUCAACUCCUGAUCAAAUCGGUCCAACAACAACGUCACGUGCUUUUGCUAUCAUUCAUGGAGCAAUGUAUGAAGCUUUGAAUGCAUUUGAGCAGACCUAUCAACCGAUGUUCAAGCCCAAUAAUAUGCCUGCAACAAAUAAUGUUCCACGCGCUGCUGCUAUCGAUGCAGCUAUUGCUGAAGCUGCUUAUCAAUCUCUGUACGCCAUGUAUCCAAAGCAAAGAGAAUUAUUUGAUGAAACUCGGAAAGGCUUCAUAACGACCAUUAAUAAUGAUACUCCAGGUAAAGCUGGGAUUGCCAGAGGCAUUCAUGUGGGAAGACUGUUCGCCUCCGUCAUUUUAACAGACAGAAGCUUUGACAACAGUCAAAGUAAUGCUAGCUACACGCCAGUCAUGGACCUUGGAUAUCACGAGCGAGAUCCAACUCAUCCAAACCAAGGAUUUCUUAGUCCUCAGUGGGGCAAUGUCAAACCUUUUGUUAUCAAAUCUGGAUCACAGUUUCGUGCUUCAAACAUUGUUGGCACGAAUGUGACUGCGCGUCGUCAAUAUCUCGAUUCACAAAAGUAUAUCAAUGACUACGAUGAAGUGGUUUCAUUAGGAUCUCGUACAAGUCAAGUUCGAACAACAGAUCAAACUGAGAUUGCCAUAUUUUGGGGUUAUGAUGGUGCACCCAAAAUAGGUGUGCCACUUAGACUCUACAAUCAAAUAGUUCGUGUCAUUGCUCAACAAAGAAAUAACAAACUACGAGACAAUGCUCGUCUAUUUGCAUUAGUGAACUAUGCCAUGGCUGAUGCUGGCAUUUCUGCAUGGGAAAGCAAAUAUUAUUAUGGAUUAUGGAGACCUAUUUACGGUAUCAGGCAAGGUACAGGGAGGACAGCCGCCAUUCCGAACUGGUUACCGCUCGGAGCACCAGCAGAUGGAGCAGGUGAAAACUUUACCCCACCAUUCCCAAGUUAUGUUUCUGGACAUUCAACAUUUGGCUCUGCAACUUUCGAAAUGCUUAGACUCUUUUACAAAACUGAUCAAAUUCGGUUUCAGUUUCAAUCUGACGAAUACAACGGAAUCACGAAAGAUUCAAUCACUGGUCUAGUGCGACCAGCACGUACUCGACAGUACAAUUCUUUUUCACAAGCUGAAGAUGAAAAUUAUCACAGUAGAAUCUAUUUGGGUGUUCAUUGGUCUAUUGAUCAAGAAGAAGGUAAAAAAAUGGGACAAAACAUCGCUUCUUAUAUCUUUAACAAAAUGGCAUAG